CGGGCCGGCCAGGGCGCCGGGGAUCGCGCGGAUGGCGGCGCUGGCGGCCCUGGCCAAGAAGGUGUGGAGCGCGCGGCGGCUGCUGGUGCUGCUGCUCACGCCGCUGGCGCUGCUGCCGGUGGUCUUCGCCCUGCCGCCCAAGGAGGGCCGCUGCCUGUUCGUCAUCCUGCUCAUGGCCGUCUACUGGUGCACCGAGGCCCUGCCCCUGUCGGUGACAGCGCUGCUGCCCAUCGUCCUCUUCCCCUUCCUGGGCAUCCUGCCCUCCAGCAAGGUCUGCCCCCAGUACUUCCUCGACACCAACUUCCUCUUCCUCAGCGGUCUCAUCAUGGCCACUGCCAUCGAGGAGUGGAACCUGCACCGGAGGAUCGCCCUCAAGGUCCUGAUGCUCGUGGGAGUCCAGCCGGCCAGGCUCAUUCUGGGGAUGAUGGUGACCACCUCGUUCCUGUCCAUGUGGCUCAGCAACACCGCCUCCACGGCCAUGAUGCUGCCCAUUGCCAACGCCAUCCUGAAGAGUCUCUUUGGCCAGAAGGAGGCUCAGAAGGAGCUCAGUUGGGAAGGUGAUGAAAACACAGCUGCCGUGCGGAGGAGCGGCCUGCCCACAGUGCCCACGGAGAUGCGCUUUCUGGCCAGCACCGAAGAAGGCCACCCUGACGAGGUGGAGGCCCCGCUGGAUCUGCCGGCUGACUCCAAGAAGGAGGAGGAGUAUCGCAGGAACAUCUGGAAGGGCUUCCUCAUCUCCAUCCCCUACUCGGCCAGCAUCGGGGGCACCGCCACCCUCACGGGCACAGCCCCCAACCUCAUCCUGCUGGGCCAGCUCAAGAGCUUCUUUCCACAGUGCGACGUGGUGAAUUUCGGCUCCUGGUUCAUCUUCGCGCUGCCGCUCAUGCUGCUGUUCCUGCUGGCCGGCUGGCUCUGGAUCUCCUUCCUGUACGGGGGCCUGAGUCUGAGGGGCUGGAGAAAAAGGAAAUCCAAGCUGAGAGUGGACGCAGAGGAGAAGGCGCGGGCUGUGAUUCGGGAAGAAUUCCAGAACCUGGGUCCCAUCAAGUUCGCGGAACAGGCCGUUUUCAUCCUGUUCUGCACGUUCGCCAUCCUCCUCUUCUCCCGGGACCCAAAGUUCAUCCCUGGCUGGGCCAGCCUCUUCCCUCCCGGGUUUGUGUCUGAUGCUGUCACCAGCGUGGCCGUUGUCAUCAUCUUGUUCUUCUUCCCGUCCCAGAGGCCCUCCCUCAAGUGGUGGUUUGACCUCAAAGCUCCCAACACGGACACGGAGCCCCUGCUGACCUGGAGGAAGGCCCAGGAGACGGUGCCCUGGAACGUCAUCCUUCUGCUGGGCGGGGGCUUCGCCAUGGCCAAGGGCUGCGAGGAGUCGGGGCUGUCGGCGUGGAUCGGGGGGCAGCUGCACCCGCUGCAGAACGUGCCCCCGGUGCUGGCCGUGCUGCUCGUCACCGUGGUCAUCGCCUUCUUCACCGAGUUCGCCAGCAACACGGCCACCAUCGUCAUCUUCCUGCCCAUCCUGGCGGAGCUGGCCAUCCGCCUGAGAGUGCACCCGCUGUACCUGAUGAUCCCGGGCACGGUCGGCUGCUCCUACGCCUUCAUGCUCCCCGUCUCCACGCCCCCCAACUCAAUCGCCUUCGCCUCCGGACACCUGCUGGUCAAAGACAUGGUCCGGACAGGUCUCCUGAUGAACGUGAUGGGCGUCCUGCUGCUCAGCGUGGCCAUGAAUACCUGGGCCCAGAGCAUCUUCCAGCUGGGCACCUUCCCAGACUGGGCCAACAGCCACUCAGCCAACAUCACAGAACCACUCACCUUGACCAACGACACGUUUCGGACCCUCUGA